AUGUUGGCCCUCGCGACUGGCUUCCUUCUAAAGUUAACAAAUUAUCUGAACCUCGAGUACGAAAUAUGCGUCACUGCACGAUUACCUUUUAGCCUCUCAUUGGACUUAAGCCUUAUUGAAUUCGGAAAGAGUUUCACCUCACUUCCUCGUCGAUUUGCUUUGGCAUUUCUCUCUGCUCUCCCUUCCACUUCAUCUACAUUUUACUCGGAGAAUCUCAAAAGAGUCCUUCAAUAUUCCAAUGUAUCAGAACAGAUGUCUCCUGAAGGGUCCAACUUGUUGCCUCGGCUUUUCGUGGCCGAAGGUCAAUCUGCCGAGCUGCCUUGUCUCGUGCACUCCUCUCCAUCGCCCAUGACCCGAUGGACAAGAGAAAGUCCAACUUAG